AUGUCUGCUUGCAACUCCCGUAAGAGCCGACGUAAACACUGUAAAUACAGAAUUCCUUCAUCAGAUUUGUCAUUUGUAAACAGACAGUCAAGUAUGUCUAAUCCUGUAAAUAUUGUAAAGAAUCCUCUCUGUAUCAGUACAUGGAAUGUUACUUCUCUUGUCAGUAAUUCCAGUAAGAUGUAUCAAUUAGGAAAAGGUUUUGAUGAUUAUGGACUAGAGCUCCUUGGGCUAACUGAAACACAUAUGGCUGGAUCAGGAACUCAGACUUUGGACAAUGGGGCUGUUUUGGUUUAUUCUGGCAGGAGCGAUGGAGUACGGAGAGAAGGAGUUGGUGUUGUUCUUUCCAAAAAGAUGAAGAAUACUCUCAUAUCAUACACCCCUGUAUCAGGACGGGUUAUGACUGCCCGUUUACAUAGCAAACACAUCAACAUUAGUGUUACAGUUGUGUAUGCUCCAACUGAGGAUGCAGAGAUCAGUUUAAAAGACUCAUUCUACAAGGAAUUGAAUGAUGUUCAAUCGGGACUACCUGCACAUGAUAUAAAGAUAGUUUUAGGAGAUUUUAAUGCUCGUGUUGGAAGGGAUACUGAUGCUCACCCUGGUGUUAUAGGAAAACACUCAUAUCACACAGAACCAAAUGAUAACGGAAAACGGGUGCUAGAUUUCUGUACUAUGCACCAGCUGACGAUCGGAGGCACACUCUUUGAACACAAAGAUAUCCACAAGACAACAUGGAGAUCCCCAAAUGGUAACACCGUCACUCAAAUUGACCAUAUGUGUAUUUCGACGAGAUGGAGCCAUUCUUUGCUUGAUGUCAGGAGCAUGAGAGGAGCAGAUAUAAAUACUACUCACUAUCUGGUAAGAGGAUAUGUAUCUAUUAAACUUAAGUGUCCUCAGAAAAGAAAGAAGCGUGUAAGACAGCCUGCUUUAGAGCACCUGCGUGAUAGAUCUAAGAGCCAGGAAUAUAGUAACAGAAUAGCUGAAGAGUACUAUAACAACGAUCAGGAGCAUGGAAACUCUCCUUUAGAAGAACAGUGGAAGAAACUGAGAGAUAUAAUAACUGAUGUUUCAUUUGAAGUUCUGGGUGAAAGGGGCCGGAAAAAGAGAACAGAACAUCUCUCAAGGGAUACUAAAAAUCUCCUAAAAGAACGAGGGGAGAUUAAAAAGAAACCCAGUACUGCUGAGAACCGUGCUAAGUACUCGCGGAUUAACGGCCUUGUUAGGCAGAACUGUAAAAGAGAUGAUAAUGCUUGGGCUGUUAGAGUAGCUGAGGAAUUAGAAGAUGCUGCCAAGCAGGGUCAACAAAGAGAUGUUUGGCAGAAAAUAAAAUCCUUAACAAACAAGAGAGUAAACAGAUCUGCGGCAGUGCGGGAUAAGAAUGGGACACUUAUAUCAGAUCCCGAAGCUCAGUCACAUCGCUGGGCCGAAUAUUUUGAAGAACUCUUGACGCCAGCAGCAAAUGCGGUGGAUUUCUCUAUAUUGGAUCAGGAUGAAAAGUUACUUUCUUUUGAAUACCUUAGUAAUGAUGAUGAACCACCGUCCUUGUUUGAAAUUGAGGAAGCUAUCAAGAAGUUGAAGAACUACAAGAGUGCUGGAAUUGAUGAAAUUUCAAAUGAGCAGUUAAAGUACGGUUCUUCUGGACUUCUGCCUUGGUUAAAGGAUCUUUUUGAAACUGUGUGGAAAGGUGAGGAUAUUCCUAAUGAUUGGAGAAAAGGAAUAAUCACCAUCAUCCCAAAGAAAGGGGACCUCACAUAUUGCAACAAUAACAGAGAGAAGUUUAAAAAUAUAUCCCGUGGUUUUACUCUUCAGUACAGACAAAGUUCCAGACAACCGGAAAAAUGUGUCAUUGAUCUGGACUAUGCUGAUGACAUCGCAGGAAUGGAUGACACUGUUGAAGGACUGCAAGAAACUACGGACAAUAUUGCGAAAUACUGUGGGCUCGGGGGUUUAAAGAUGAACGCAAAGAAAACAGAGAUCAUGGUCAUUGGGAAAGAUACAUCGCAGCACCCACUCCCAGAGAAUAGGACCAUAGAUAUAACUGUCGAUGGAAACUCUGCAAAGCAGUAUUACACCUGGGACUACACUGGAGAGAAAAACGUCCCUGAACCAGAAGAUCAAGAAGAUCAAGAGGAAAUUUACAUGUAA